AUGGCAUACACCACGCUCUGGAGGCGCUUGUCGCCUCGCCAGCUCAAUGUCGCCGUCCAGGUCUUCUCGCUCAUCUGCAUCUUCUUCGAGGGUUACGACCAAGGUGUUAUGGGCGGCGUUAACGCCGCGCCGUACUAUGUCACCGAAGUCGGAAUCGGCAAGCCGGAUGGCACUGUGACUGACACUACCCAUCAAGGAGGCAUUGUCAGUAUCUACUACCUUGGCUGUAUCUUUGGCUGUUUCGCUGGAGGCUGGCUGGCUGAUCGCAUUGGGCGUAUCAAUGGACUGUUUAUCGGUGCCGUCUUCGCGGUCAUUGGAGGUGCUCUCCAGGCAGCGAUUCAAAGCUCAGAUUUCAUGCUCGUCGCCAGAGUCGUGACGGGCGUUGGCACUGGAGCGCUGACUGGCAUUACGCCGGUUCUGGUAUCAGAAACCUCGUCUGCCGACCACCGUGGCGGAUUCUUGGGCUAUGUUUUCAUUGCCAACUACCUGGGAAUCUCGGUUGCGUACUGGCUAUCGUUCGGCUUGGCCUUCAUCAAUAACGGAUACUCUGAUAUCAGGUGGCGGUUCCUGCUUGCCUUCCAGUGCGUUCCAGCGAUCUUGCUGGUCUUCUUCAUCAAGAUGCUCCCUGAUUCUCCGCGAUACUAUGCCUCUGUUGGUCGUAAUGAGGAGGCCCGUGAUAUGUUGACAAGGCUGCGAAGCCACAAAGCAAGUCAGGCCGAGAUCGAGCAGGAGUACAUGGAGAUUGUAGCCGUGGCCCAAGACAGCAAGCCCAGUUCGCCGAUCCAGUUUAUCAAGAUCUUGAUAGGCAAGAGCGGGCGGCCGGGAAGCAAUCUCAGCCGACGGGCCUGGUUGUGUGUGUGGCUUCAGAUUAUGGCUUCGUGGACCGGUAUCACGGCUGUCACGGCAUACUCGCCCACUCUCCUCAGUCAAGCUGGAUACAGCAGCCUGACCCAAAACGGCCUCGCAGGAGGUCUCAACACGAUUGGUAUUGUUGGAACCAUCAUCAGCGCGCAGAUCGUGGACCGAAUCGGUCGAAGAAUGUGCUUGAUGCUCGGUGCUCUGAGUCUCUUCAUCGUUGAAGUUAUCGCCGGCUCUGUCUAUGAAGCCUCCCUUCACAACCCAGAAAAAGCGGCUGACUACGCGCCCGCUGCAGUCGCAAUGCUCUUCCUGUUCAACCUUGCCUAUGCCUCGACUUGGGGCACCGUGGCAUUCCUCGUUCCAACCGAGAUAUUCCCGUCUGACCUCCGUGCCCAGGGCAACGGGUUCGGCAUUACCGGGUGGGCCAUUGGCGUCGGGAUGACCACCUUGGUGAACCCGAUCAUGUUUGCCAGCCUGAAAAGCCGAAGCUACUUCCUUUUGGCCGGGUUCAAUCUCCUGUGGAUUCCGAUCGUGUAUCUGUUCUACCCUGAGACCCGUAACCGGUCGCUCGAGUCCAUUGACGCUUUGUUCUCGACGCCAAGUCCGUUCUAUUGGGAAAUGGAGCGCGCGUAUCGUUUGCACAGCGAUGUUCUUGCCGAGAGAGGCGCUACCACGUUUAAGGACGACGGUCCCAAGGUGGAGGAUGCCCAGUCCGGCUCGACACAAGACCGCCGACACAGCCCCAAGACGGUAGCCAACACUGCUGAAGCCAGGCGCAAUAUCCAUUAUCGGAAUAUAAUAGAGACCAACUCAGUCAAAGGCCGGUGA